AUGAAGAUAUACGCUGCCGCAAUACUGUCCUCGUUGGCAUCGGCCGUAGUUGCUUUUGAGAACACUGUGCCAUGCUUGAUGUGGUCGCCUAAAGACUAUUUGACACACGUCGCUGGUCAACAAUUCGUCGUCGAAAACGAGGCGGCCGUUUCUACCAUCUGGUCUUCUCUUUCGUCCGACAUUUGCGAUGCCAACGUCGUAGCUAUUAUCGACCAACCCGGUAUUCAUUUGAACGACCUUUCGCGUUCGGAUUCGUUUACGGCUAUUAAGCAAUACCGUAAAGAUGCUGUUACGCGUACAGAAGUCGAGUAUAUCGCUGAUCAUGUCAACGUGAACAAUCUAGCAAAUCUGAUUGCGCAAGAAUGCGAGGGCUCUAUUGUAUAUGGAGAUCACUUGUCAAAUGGCGAUAAUGAAGCUCCUACCGUGGCAGUCUUGUCCUUGCCCAAUGCAGAAGAUACAGAUGCCUUGCAACAAAAUGAUGCCAAGGUAGAUGCGUUCAUUCAAUCUGUCCAAGAACACGCUACUGAUAACUAUGCAGUCAUUUAUACCUCGAGCUCGGCCAAGAAAUCGCCUUCCCACAUGCGAAAGCGAAGUGUGCUUCAACGCCGAGCACCACCUGCUGAAAAGAGCAGACCUAUCUUUGCCAAAUACCAGUUGUUCUCGCCAGCCGUGUUCAUGACCUUUGCUAUUGCCUUUAUUGUGAUUGCUAUUGUUUCCGUUGGCCUUACCUGGCUUACUGGGAUCCAGACCCCUAUCCGUUUCGAAGGAAAGCCAAAGAAGAACUAA